AUGAGCACGGCCACCACCACCAGUGUCAGCCCAGCGAAUGGCACCGUGAGCAAGAGAAAUGCCACCAAGCGUCGCAACGGCAAUGCAUCUCCCGGCCCGGUGGAAGAAGAAUCCGAAGACGCAGCCGCAGCCGAGAAGCCCAGAGCCUCUGUCGCCCAGAAGAACUAUCGCCACGUAGCAGCAGUGCAUUCCAAGAGCCGCCCGUCGUGCCUAAGCCACGACUCCGAUGCCACGCCAAGCUUUAUCGGGUUUCGAAAUCUCAUGGUCAUUGUUUUGGAUGUCCUCAUCGGCGGACUUCUCUACUUUCUCAUUCCCUGCCAUCUGUUGGUUGCCUACUUGAUCGAAUUGGCCGCCGCAAAACAGGCUCGAGGAUCCCGAAAGCGCCUCAAACCAGGCUCUACUGUACCGUCGGAACAAGACAAUUCCAAGUUCCAUUCAACAUGGGUUCUGGUGGCCUGGGCUCAUGGUAUCAAUAUGACGCUUGCUUUAGCCCUCACAACCUUUAUGGUUUACUUUUACAUCCACCACCCGCUCGUUGGGACCCUGACCGAGAUGCAUGCCGUCAUUGUGUCGUUGAAGACAGCCUCGUACGCAUUCACCAACCGAGAUCUUCGCCACGCUUACCUGCACCCCGUUAAAGGAGAGUUUAUUCCUGAACUCUACUCGAAAUGCCCGUACCCGAAUAACAUCACCUUUGGCAACCUCGCCUACUUCUGGUGGGCGCCGACGCUGGUCUAUCAGCCCGUAUACCCGCGCACCGACAAGAUCAGAUGGGUCUUUGUUUUUAAGAGGCUGGGCGAAGUAUGCUGUUUGAGCGCAUUCAUCUGGUUCGCCAGCUUCCAAUACGCCGCGCCGGUUCUGCAGAAUUCGCUCGACAAGAUUGCUUCGUUGGACUUACUCAUGAUCCUAGAGCGGCUGCUGAAGCUGUCAACCAUUUCUCUGGUUAUUUGGCUGGCAGGAUUCUUUGCCCUAUUCCAGUCCUUCUUAAACGCACUUGCCGAAGUGCUGCGGUUCGGCGACCGAUCAUUUUACGACGACUGGUGGAACAGCGAGAGUCUCGGAGCCUACUGGAGAACGUGGAACAGGCCCGUAUAUACGUACUUUAAGCGCCAUGUGUAUGUACCCAUGAUUGGGCGUGGAUGGAGCCCAUGGGCUGCAAGUUGCGCCGUCUUUUUUGUGUCUGCCGUGUUACACGAGGUUCUUGUUGGUGUUCCCACCCACAACAUUAUCGGUACGCUAUCCUCCGUCUUAUCCAUCGUCUUGACCCUCGUUCCUAACCUAUAUUCAGGCGUUGCUUUUCUAGGCAUGUUCUUGCAGCUUCCUCUCAUCGCCAUCACGGCCCCUCUAGAGAAAAUGAAAUGGGGGCAUACCGGCAGAGUAAUGGGAAACGUAAUCUUUUGGGUGUCCUUUACCAUCUUCGGUCAGCCAUUUGCGGCAUUGAUGUACUUUUACGCAUGGCAGGCCAAGUACGGUAGCGUCAGUAAAGAACCGAUUCUUGCGUUGCAGACAUGA